AUGGUGGGCCCCUACGACGAACUCCUCCUCGUCCCCGGAAACUUCACCGUCCCACAACCAACAACCACCCCAACCGGCCAGCCACACAUCAAAAUCCCAAAGAAAGCUCAACGCAUAUCCCGCAUCUACGUCUCCCAACGCACAACAACUUACAACGGGCGCCUAAACUGGAACAUUCCCAAACAGCUCGCCCGCUUCUCCUUCUCCGCACCGCCAACUCCACCCGGCGCCUCGCCCCCAUCCACUCUCACCGUGCAAGUCUUCCCGCCUGGCACCAAAGAAGGAGAUGGCGGCGCCCCGUUCUUUGCCUGUACUCUCAAACCCUGGCAGUGGAUUCCACCAAUGCCGUUGAACACGAAAUACCUCCCUCUCAGCAUGGCCGCUGCGCAACCGCCUCUCCCAUCCGCGCCGAGACAUGAGAAAGCGGUCAGAGAGGUGCAAGAAGGACUACAGGUAGACGACUACGACACAGACGUUAAGAAGAUGGACGCGGUGCUAGUAGGAACGCAGAAGUGGCGGGCGUUUGAUAUUGCGGCCGUCACGCCGAGGGCGAGGGGAUGCUGGGUUGAGGUGCAUGAGAAGAAAGAGAGUGAGGCUGUGGAAGAGGGUGAGGAGAAUUGGUGGCCGAGGGGACUGGCCUCUACCUCCGUACACAGCACCAAGCGCAUGCCACUCAAACGCAUGUUGAUAUUGUCCGUCACAUUGAUAGCUAUACUCUUCUUCAUGAUGCGCUCUUUCUUGCCGUAUGACAUCCGCUGGACAGCCAAGCUACUCCGCCGCGAUGUACGCAACCUCCGCGCAAAGUACACUAUAAGAUCGAAGCAACAAGGAAGGCCCGUGGACCUUGCGACAAGUAGCUCAGCGCAUCAACAGGCCUGUAUCAAGAACGUAUCGCAACUGCCGCAAGGUUUUCAGUGCAGCGAACCGUCAUCACAACAUGCCGGCCAAGACAGCGUAUACUCCAAACCACCCCAAGAUAGUCCCAGAACCCUCCAAACUAGCAGAGAGAACUGUCCCAGUACACUCUACGACCUCUUAGAAAGCAGACUUAGGGCUACGUAUGCUUCUCGCGACCGCGACAUGCCGCACGAAGACCGUUGGAGAUUCCGCGGUAGUUGGCUAGUGCUCCACAGAGCCAUCCAAGGAUGUCGUUCGGACAAGGGCGACAAUGCAUCCAGCGUUGGCACAGAUGGAGCCAGUGAGAGUACAAUGCUUCUGGAUAUGCUGAACCAAAGCACUCGAUCACCUACACCCAAGGUCAGCGGAAUGCCAGCGGCACCAUAUAUCCGGCAUAACAGCGACCAUGAUCGCUAUGACUCAAUGUUUGGCGAUGCUCCUACACCCACACUCACACCGUCUCCCGCGCAGCUAUGGCUUUCCAUUCUUGAAGCCACCGACGACACCCAGAAGAUCGCACCAAUGGCAGAACAGCUUCUAGGGUACAUAUCGCAAGAGAAGAAAGCUUUCGACAUCAUCGAGCAGGUCGGAAACCCCCACAAGAAGUUCUCCGAUGCCGAUGACGCUCAACUCCGACUUCAAUUCCGAGAAUUACUAUGUCCGGAGACAAUGUCGUCCAGACCAUCAUGCUGA